CACAAAAGUCACUUUUUCAUUUUAUUUCUGUGAUAACGUUCUGCCUUUAUUUUCACGAUUCCCUUUCUGAAAUGAGGCCUUAGCUAAUUUGUACUUAUUUUUGUUUUAUAAUGUGUAUGGAGUGCAGUGUCACGGUAGCGUUGUUAUCUAAUUAUAUACGGUUGUUGUGUUAGUUCAGUGUCAUUGAGAGAUCACGAUGCGUAUCGGUGUUGUGUUAUAUUGGUGCGUACUUGCUUUCCACGUUUGUGAUGCCGACGAGGGUGAGAGGACAGAGUCCGGACGGGAUGCCGGCAGACGUCCCCAGUGGGGGCCCGGUACGAGGAGCGCGUCAGUCACGGACCCGGCUAUUUCGGCGUCCAACGAUCUAAUAUUGUCAGAGGCGUGCAACAAUGACGCCGCGUGUCUGCACGACCGGGCGGGGCUGGAGGCGAUCACGCAGCUCCACAAGCAGCUCGACGAUGACGCAAACGGCAACGUCGACCUGAGCGAGAGCGAUGACUUCCUACGCGAGGAGCUGCAGUACGACAGCGGGUACGAGAAGCGGCAGCGCGCCUUCCACCACAACGACGACAUGCACAUCUCCGUCAAGGAGCUGUGGCAGGCGUGGCUCAGGUCUGAGGUGCACAACUGGACGGUGGAGCAGACGGUGGAGUGGCUGUCGGACUCCGUGGAGCUGCCCCAGUACAGGGCGCAGUUCCUGCAGCACCGUGUCACCGGCGCCACGCUGCCCAGGUUGGCAGUGAGCAACAUGCAGUACCUGAGCAAUGUUCUGGGCAUAAAGGACCCCAUACACAAGCAGAAACUCGCGCUCAAGGCGAUGGACGUCGUACUCUUCGGCCCACCUAAAGAAGGCAGUAGAUGGAAGGACUGGCUGCUGGCUUCCCUGCUGCUGGGCGCGGCUGUGGGCGGCUGGGCGGCGCUGAGGGCGGGCCGCGCCAGCAGGACCCAGGUGCAGAGGAUGCUCAGGGACAUGGAGCACCUGCGGAAGGCGGAGAUGGCGCUGGACGACAUGCAGAAGGAGCUGGAGAAGGCCAAGCUGGAGCAGGAGAACGUAAACACGGAGAAGAUGAACCUGGAGAAGAAGCUGCGUGAGGCGGGAGACAUACCCCUGCUCAACUCCGCCUCCUCCGACCUCGAGGUGUCGCAGCUUAAGGCAGAAAUUGAGAUGCUACGCGGAGAACUGCGGAGGGCGGAGGGCGAGCUGGAGGACCGGUGCUGGGCGCCGCCCGCCGGCCUCCAGCAGUGGCUGCAGCUGACGCACGAGGUCGAGAACCGCUCCUACCUGCGGAAGAAGCAGCAGGCGGACAUGCAGCUGCAGCAGGCCAGGGAGGCGUGCGAGAAGCUACGCAAGAAGCGGUCGAGCCUGGUUGGCGCGUUCGUGUCGACGCACGGCAAGUCCAUCGACGACGUCGACAGAUCUAUCGUGGAGGCGCGGACUGCGCUCAACGAAGUCACCCAGGAGUUGCAGGAGCGAAUGCACAGGUGGAAGCAGAUCGAGAGGCUGUGUGGUUUCAAUAUCAUCAACAACAACGGUCUACAGUUCCUAGAGAGCACGCUGUACCGAACCGCCAAUGGACGACAAGCGAGAGUACGCAGCUCGCAAGAUGAUUUGAGUCUGGGCGACGACACAUCCCUGUGUGGCUCAGUCGCGGACAACUUGCUGUGGCGCGAGGACUCUAGCGGCAGCGAGGCGAGUGACACCCCGCACUAUCCGCUAGACCUGAGGCUCGCUGAGGCCAGGCUUCAGCUAGAGGAGCGUCUGGCGGCGGAGGCGCGCGACCGCAAGGUGGAGGAGCGCGCGCGCGGCUCGCAGACCGACGUGCGCAAGUCGCCCGACGCGCCCGUCAGCUUCGUGCUGGGCGGCGACAACGUGAACUGGACGGGCGAGGAGCUACCGCGGCCGUCGCAGUCGCAGUCGCAGCCGCAGCUACGCGCGCGCCCGCUGCCGCCACCGCGCCGCCCCUUCGCCAACUACCCCAUCGCGCGCUCGCGCUCCUCCGACGUCCUGGGGGAGGAGCCCCGCCCCCCGCCCCGCCACGCCGCCCCGCGCCAGCGCCCCCUCGCCGAGGGGAUCGAGACGCCCCCGCAGGAGGAAGAGUCCACUGACUCGUCGCUGGUGGAGGACGAGGCCAAGCCGCGCCGCCGCCGCCUGCAGCUGCCGUUCGGCAAGAAAGCCAAGACGCCGGCGUGACCGCACGCGCCCGCGCGCGCCGCACACGCGACGCAAUGUACACGUACUAGGGUUUUAUUACGAUGUAGAAUAUUAGAGCAAUUAAAUUUCAGGAGUACCAUCCUCCAGAGAGUAUUACUUAAAAGCAGGAAUUAGUAGCAUAUUUUAUUGUACAACAAAUUUAACUUGCCAGUAUGAUCCAGAAAAUACUUUUUGUAUUUUUUUUUCCAUCAGUGUAUAUUAUUUUUACUUAGAUUCCGAUUCACCUGUAUGAGACUGUAUUGGUUGAUUGUGUAUCGUAUGAUUUGCCCGUUUAUUCACUGAUAUUUAUUUUGCACGUUUGAUUUUGACAUUCACUGUAUUUAUUUAAAACUAAAAUGCGGAAACGUAGACAUUUUUCCUUUUGAAGCUAAUUUUUAUACAGGUGUAACAAAACUAAGUGCUAAUACUUUAGGAUGAGUCCC